UGUUUUAAAAAUAAGAUUUAUUUUUUUCAACCAAUCACAUGGGUGUUCUGCUAGACUCAUGCUUUUUGAAUGUUUUGGGUUGGCAAUAUUGUGUAAUCCUUCCACCAGAGAUUACAACAGUGUAGGAGGCCAGAAGAAUCUGAAAGUGAAACUAGAGCGAAACUAACAAAUAGUUAAACUGACAGAGUUCUGUGGGGAACAACUAAAGGUUCUUACAUGGUGAAAGAAAAAUUGGAUUUGAAAAAUCUUUUCAUUUGGCAGUAAUCAAAGAUGUUCACAGAGCACUGGCACAAGGGGCUCCUGGCCUGUGCAUGGCGCAGCGCUACCUGCGGGACUGGAAAUAACGCAAGCUAAUACCUCGGCAGCAAGCCUAUCAAUGAUGGACAUCAUGUUGCCUGACGGAGGCCCUGAAAGGACAGGGGAGAAGGUCAGAGGCCAGGAUCCCGGGGAGCAUCCUUCAGUCACACUCUUCCGAGAGUACCUGAGGCUCAAGACGGUCCAGCCCGAGCCCAACUAUGAUGUGGCCGUGCGGUUCCUGGAGCGGAUUGCAGCUGAGCUUGGCCUGGGGUGUCAGAAAGUGGAGGUGUUCCCAGGCCGGGUUGUCACCAUCAUGACCUGGCAGGGCACAGACCCGCAGCUCCGCUCCAUCCUGCUGAACUCGCACACGGAUGUGGUGCCGGUUUUUGAGGAGCACUGGACCCACGACCCUUUUGAAGCCUUUAAGGACUCUCAGGGUAACAUCUACGCCCGCGGGGCCCAGGAUAUGAAGUGUGUCUCCAUCCAGUACAUCGAGGCCAUCCGGAGGCUGAAGGCCGAGGGGAAGCGCUUCCCCCGAACAGUUCACAUGACAUUUGUGCCCGACGAAGAGAUCGGGGGCGUCAAGGGCAUGGAGCUGUUUGUGAAGCGCCCCGAGUUUCAGGCUCUCAACGUUGGCUUCACCCUGGAUGAAGGCCUGGCCAACCCGACAGACGCCUUCACUGUGUUCUACGGGGAGAAGUGCGUCUGGUGGAUUAAAGUCAAAUGCGAGGGGAACCCAGGCCAUGGAUCCCAGUUCAUUGAGAACACAGCUGCUGAGAAGUUGAACAGAGUGAUCACCUCCCUCCUGCAGUUCAGAGAGAGUGAGAAGCAGAGAUUGAAAUGUGACGAGCACCUCACCCUGGGUGAUGUCACCUCCAUCAACAUGACCAUGCUGAGCGGGGGCGUCUCCUUCAAUGUGGUACCCUCGGAGCUGUCUGCCGCCUUCGACAUCCGCAUCCCGCCCACUGUCAACUUGCAGGCAUUUGAGGAGCAGCUGACAGUCUGGUGCCGGGCAGCUGGAGAGGGUGUCACCUAUAAGUUUUACCAGAAAUACAUGGAUCAGACAGUGACCUUCACCGAGGAGUCCGACCCAUGGUGGAAGGCGUUUAGUGGGGCCUGCAGAGACAUGCACAUGACAUUGAAGCUCGAGAUCUUUCCAGCCGCAACUGACAGCCGCUUUAUCCGAGCAGCUGGUCACCCGGCCCUCGGCUUCUCCCCCAUGAACCACACUCCGGUACUGCUGCACGACCACAACGAGUACCUCAACGAGCGGGUUUUCCUGCGGGGCAUCGAGAUCUACGCCUGCCUCCUCACCUCCUUGGCCAGCGUCCCCCCUCUGCCAGCAGAGGGCUGAGGGGCACAGUGAGGGGUGGGGGAUACCAGAGCGAGAGAUGGGGAGUGAAAAUUCAUGGGGGCAGGGGGCAUUGGACAUCCAGGGGCUGGGGUAAGAAGCAGCUUCUUGGGGGUGGGCAGGACUCCAGGGUUCCUCGGUGGCAGCGCCAUGUGCAGAAUCACCCUUCUGUGCCAGCCUAGAGGGGCAGGCAUUGGUUGUGUCUGAGGGAAGAGGCAGCUUGUGUCUCUGCCUGUGCUCCAGGUCCCCUGAGCCCAUUCAAGGGGCCCUGUGGAAUUACACCUGGUGUCCAGCUUCCAGCCCAUGGCUCUGCAAGCUAAGGGGGAGGCUGCACCUGGGGGCACGACAUGCCAGGCUUUCUCCCAUUGCUUGCACUGGGGGUGGAGAAUACAUCUUGAGUGCCCCAUGCCACCGCCAGGAAUUUACCCCCUCAUCACAUUGCAGCAGCAGUGCAAGCCCUCCCUUCCCAACAGCGGUAAGCCUGGGUCCUGGGUCUAUGCGGGGUGGGGGGAGGGUUGCUCUGUUCAUCCCAACCCCUCCAAGGCUCCAGAGCCCCUCUCCCUGCUGCUCCCAGCCCCAGAUCUCUGCAGAGCCGCCUCCAGGGAUGGGCCAGGGCCAUGGGGCACUCCCUGGGCAUCCUGCGCCUCCCUUGGGCCCCCUUGGCUCUCCCUGGCUGCCUAGUGGCUCUCCCUGCUCCUGGGGCUAAGCAUCACCACUUGCCCCAGGCAGGGCGAGGAUCUGGAAGCAGGUGUAGCUGUGGGUGAGUGUAGACAUUGAAAGCAGGGUGACCUAGUGGAUAAAGCACUGGACUGGGGUUCGGGAGACCUGGGUUCCACUUCUGAAUCUAGCCCAGACUCCCUGUGUGACCUUGGGUGAGUCAGCUGAACUCCGUGUGCCUCCAUUCCCCAGGUGAUCAUACCCUCCCCCCGAGCUCCUGGCAUGCUGCUCUCAGAGCCUUGGCUGGGCAAUGCUUUGUACCUACUGCCUACUCUCAUUAAACCACUGGGUGUGGGGGGGUAGCAGGAAAGCAGCUGGGAUGGCACCUCCUCCCGAGUGCCCCAGACUGUCACUGCCCAGCAAAGAGGGGUUGGGGCUAAAGCCAAUUGCUGCAAAAGCUCCAGGCAGGAAUCAACUCUGAGCUGGCAGUGGCAGGUCUGUCUCAACAGGGAUCGGUAUUUCCCAGCCAUACUGGGGCUAGCAGCAGGGCCAUGGGGGGAAGGGGUGCCCAAGUCCCCUGUCUGUGUGACCAUGCUAUGAAUUUUCAUUCCCUGGGGCAGGAAAGCAGCUGGGAUGGCACUUCCUCCUGAGUGCCCCAGACUGUCACUGCCCAGCAAGGAGGGUUUAAUUGCUGUCUUAAUGAAUCACACUGCAUUGAUGAAUGCAAAUCAGAGCACAGUGCCUGGCUGGGUUGCUGUGUGUGGCACCCUGGAGUCCCAGGCCGGAGGACUGGCCCCAUCUUGGGGAAUGGAGAAGUGUCUUCUAGCACAUCAGAAAGCCUCAGUGGGGACUUGUUCCAGAUCCCCAUUCCCCAGCUCCAGCUCUCUGGCUGCAGCCCCAUUCAGGGCUCCCCAGAGGAUUCAGGGGGCCU